AUGGAGAAGCCGCAGGGAUCCAUCCACAUCAACGGACACGGCCAUCCCCUCUUUAAGAAACACAGACUUCCCCUCAUGAAUUAUGAUCUUAUGGACACGAUUGGCCCGGCUGUUUUGAUCCCCGGAUCUCAACCCCGCGCAGUUCCAGAGCAACAAAUCAGGUGCAAAGUGCCACCCCGCACGAAUCCAUCACGGCGUCAUCCCAAUAUCUACACUGCCCCAUCAUCUAUCUGGCCAUGUUUAUCCUUUGCGGUAUUCUCCCUGGUAUACUCGCCAACCGCAGCCAUGCUCCUGAACUUCCCAAACGAUAUACUCCUGCUCGUGGCAGACGAGGUAGAGACCGAGAGCGACCUGAGCUCAUUGACGAAAACAUGCCGCCAUCUGUACGGCUUAGUAUCAGACAAGCUUCAUCGAGAUAACAUCCGGUAUCAUAACAGCUCUGCCAUAUUCUGGGGGAUGCGCCACAGCCGAUUCGAUACGAUGCAACGCAUGCUGGACGUCGGUGCUGAUAUCGAUUCCACAGAGGAAGGCCAAACUCUCCUCUACCACGCUGCAUGCGACGGACAUGCCGCCAUGGUCAAAUUCCUCCUCGAACGGGGAGCAAGUCACCAGUUCAGAAAGGACAGGCUGCAGACACCGCUAUGCGCUGCCGCUGUGGCCGGACACACAGAUAUCGUCCAGAUCCUACUAGACCACGAAGUCCUCGAAGAGAACGAAGCCACAUCCACAUCCACAGCAACAGCUCUACCCCCCGGCAAACAAGACAUCUUCCUGUUGCAACUCUUCACCACAGACGGUCCGGCCGUACACCGAAACGGCCUACAAUACUCCAUCCCCCUCUUCCUAGCAAUCGCAUGCGCCCACACCACCACCGCAGAAACCCUCAUGGCAAACCCCAGAGUCGACCUCAACUACCGAGACUCCGUAGGCCGGACCCCCCUCGUCUGGGCCCUCUCGCACGGUCUCCAUAGAAUCGCCACUCUACUCCUCGAGCACGGCGCCGACGGAAACGUCAUAGAACCCCGGACAAACCAGUCCCCGUUACUCACGGCCGUAUGCCAAAAAGACGAGCGCAUUGUCCAGCUCCUCCUCCCUCAUCCAACGGUGGACCCAAACUGGACUGACGUCCAGGGCCGCAAUCCUCUUAUGGAAGUGCUUUCGCCGUCCGCGCACGUUUCGCUCCUGAGAGCCCUUCUGACGAGAGCAGACUUGGAUGUUAACUAUCGCGGCAGUCAGCAUCAACAUUCUUGUACCCCGUUGUGUAUUGCGAUCAGGAGAGACGAUGUUGCUGCUGUGACGCUACUCUUGGAACACCCUGGGAUCGAUGUAAACGCUACCGGGAAUGAUGGCCGGACUCCGUUGUCCCACGCUGCGGAGUUGGGUCGGGUUGAGUAUAUCGAUCUCUUGCUCGCGCAUGGAGCAGAUCUGGGAAGGAUAGAUCGGGAUGGACGAACGCCGAUCUCGUAUGCUGAAGAAGGUGAUGAUGUUAGGGCAGUUGAGAUGCUGUCCGUGAAGAAAGUUGGUCUGGAUGUGGCGGAUAGGCACAAAGUGGCGUCAUUUUAG